GCCAGUACGGUAGGAAGAUCUCCCUCACAUGCUUCAGGUCAUCGUCUUCUCUGUGUCAGCCAGCUAUGGAGCAAGGAUACGUAUACCUAGGCUCACGCUUCUCAGCCCUUUGGUAUUUUGCUGGCGAAUGAACACUCCGCACAUGGGCAGAUUGAUGUUUUCUGGAAGGAACUCUCUCGUCGACCCGCGAGAGCCUUUAAAUGGCGGAGGCUAGAUCUUUGCAAGACACCAGAGCUGCUCGAUCUGGUCACUCAUUGCAAGGACUUGCAGUCUGAAUAAUCUUGACGUUUGCUGAGAAUGGCACCAUCUCUUCACGUAUGAACGAGACUCCCGUCCUGCUCUACGCCUUCGGUCUUGGGCAGAACCUCGUCCUCUCCGAAAAGCUGAAUGCCACUCAGUCAACUUAGCUCCUCAAGGUCUGAGACGUCCACGCUCGUAAACAGGAACCUUUGGAUGCGAUUCCACCUCUGAGUGCAUCGACCGGAGGAUGAAGAAAAUGGCAACCUCGAGGAAAGUGCCUUCGGUAAUUGCUGUAUUAUGCCUCGGAUUGAUAGCGGCUGUCGAGGGGCGAUAUAGUUCUGGCCUGUGCGACGAAGGCGACAGCAAUGUUCUGUUGGAGUUCAAGGCAGAGUUCAGCGACGAGGCGGGGCAGCUAGAAACCUGGAAGGAAGGAACGAGCUGCUGCAGCUGGGAUGGAGUCAACUGCAACUUCAAUGGUCGCGUGCGAGGUCUUCGACUUCUGAAUCGAAAUCAUCUGGAAGCACCGAGCAUGAUCGCGAUCCCCAACGCCUCCACAGCAGCAGGAGCAUCCUUGGGUAGAUUGGUGGCUCUCAACUACCUCAUCGCUGAAGGAGUCUACUUCAACGGGCCCAUUCCGAGCUCAUGGGGGUCCCUGCAGCUCCUGACGCACUUGAAUUUGGUGGAUCCUAACUUCACUGGAUCCAUCCCUCCAGAGAUCGGUAACAUGAGGGAGCUGCGAAACCUGCAGCUCGAUGGAGGAGAGCUGGAAGGCUCCUUGCCUUGGGAGAUUUGCAAGCUGGCCAACUUGACAGUUCUUCAAAUAAUCGGUAAUAAGCUCACGGGUGGUCUUCCUCCGUGUAUGGGCAACUUGACAGGCAUUCAGGAGAUCAGCUUCGGGUCCAACUUCUUAGGGAGCAAUAUACCAUCAUGGAUCGGAAAUCUAGUCCACUUAACAAAGCUCACGCUCUCAGAUAAUCUCUUCUCGGGACCAAUCCCCCCGUCCAUAGGUCGUCUGACGGAUCUGAAACAACUCCUCCUGUCCGAUAAUAUGCUGUCAGGCAGUAUUCCCCAGGAGAUUGGCAACAUGACGGAGAUCACCGACCUCGCUGUUGAGAACAACUAUCUCUCCGGGAGAAUCCCUUCGGCACUCGCCAACUGCAAGAGUCUCAGAUUCUUGGGCCUUCAUGACAACGAGCUUAGCGGCUUCAUUCCCAAAGAGCUCGGGUUCCUGCCACAGCUAACUCUUCUGCAGCUCUUCAACAACAACCUCUACGGGCCACUUCCAGCAGAGCUCGGAAGCAUCCCGGAAGAGAAUAAUUUAUCCAUCGAUGUUUCUAAUAACAGUUUAUCCGGUCCUAUACCCGACACUCUAUCGUCCAUCGGCGCCCUCUAUGCUGCCAAUAAUUAUUUCACCGGCGGAUUCCCCCUGUCACUUGCUGCCAAGGCCUUCAGCGUGGACCUCAGCAACAACAGGCUCAGCAGCGUUUGGCAGGUCGGAGCGAUGCCGGAGAAUCCUCAGCUGCACCAGCUCAGUCUGGGGUCGAACAGAUUGACAGGGCAGAUUCCUACCUGGUUGUCUUCGUUGGUGAACCUGGGGACGCUGGACCUGUCGAACAACGAGCUCAAGGGAGGCAUCACCCCUUCGCUUCUCGCUCUCAAGAGUCUCACCUCGCUCAACAUAUCUUCAAAUCCAUUGCACGCGGAUCUCCCCACUUGGUCUCCCAACUUCACAGGGAACAUUGGCUCACUGGACUUGCAGGGUGCUCUUCUCACCGGGCCCCUGCCCGCUAAGUUCCUCGAUGGUUUCCCUAAUCUAUUUCACUUGGAUCUUUCCGACAACUUCCUGGUCGGCGAAUUGCCCAGCAAUAUCGGUGAUCGAGUGUCUCUGACGUACCUCGAUCUUUCUAGUAACAAGUUCUGGGGCUUAGUUCCAGCGGCCAUUCACAACUUAUCGCAGUUAUCAUACCUAGACUUGUCAAAUAACUACUUCAUGGGACCGGUUCCUUCCAAGCCCUAGUCCGAGACAUGGAUCCAUGUCUCGGACUUGAGUGCAUGGGGCGAUGACGGAGACCUGAAGCUGACCAAAAGUUGCAGGUCUGUUGCUAUCGCAUUGACACUCCCAGCAAGUACUGCUUGGACACUGGCAGGGCUCAGUUCGCUGUUAGUGGUUAAUUUAGAUCCUAUAUUGUUGAACAUGAGUGUGUCUCUAUUGCAUCGAAUCGAUGUGGAAAAUAAAAGGCAGCAGGUAGAUUGCUGUGCAUCAGCCUUGAACUGUCUGCUUCAUUUGCUC